UUCUUCCGAAAAAUAACGGUUAGCAGCCGAAUAAGUGGGCGAAAGUUAGCAAUAAUUUUGAUGCUUACACUAAAGAUCGUGAAUACGUUGCUGGAAUUCAAAUCAAUAACCCGAAUGAUCGCAUCCAUUUUUUUGUUUAGCACAACUGAUUGUAGGUUAUGUCGUUCGAAUUGGGAAAGAGGAGAAUAAGAACAUUCGUUUGCUGUCUAUUUUUAGAAGGUUAAAACGCGAAUAUACACUUAGGUUAUUCUCGAGCACCUCUGAUCAUCGAGUGGUGUUAUAAUGCGUUUGAAUCUUCGUGAUAAAUUGAGAAAAACUCGAAAUUAAAUAUGGGGAGAAAAAAGUUGCAUCCCUCGGCGAAAUGUAAACAGCAUAACGCAUCGUCAAACAAAAAGAUACCUCAUCAAACGAAAAGGAUAUCUCCAUCUAAAAGAAACGAAAUCAACGUCCAGUGCGAGAAACUCUUUCAUCUGAGCAGUAAUCCGGCAUAUGAAACGCAGCUAUGGGAAAACUACGUGCAGAUAUCAUCUAUUUUGGAAAAGGUUAAACGAUUGGAGGAGAUGAAGAUAGAAUCGUCAAAGAGGUGCGAAGCUAUUGGCAACUUUGUCAAGUGGUUACGAGAUAAUGGUGCUAACAUCGACGGGGUUAGCAUAGCAGAGUUUCCUGGAUAUGACUUUGGCCUUAAAGCGGAGAGAAAUUUCACCGAAGGACAGAUGAUUCUAGAUAUUCCAAGGAAACUGAUAUUCUCUACACAAACAGCAGCACCUGAGUUAAGCGUACUCCAAAAUGAUCCUCUUGUACAGCACAUGCCUCACGUUGCAUUGGCCAUUGCUCUUCUCAUUGAGCGACACAAGGAAAACUCUCAGUGGAAACAUUAUUUAGAUGUAUUGCCUAACCAGUACAGCACUGUUUUAUACAUGAGUACCAACGACAUGAUUGAGUUGAAGGGAAGCCCGACAUUAGAAGGUGCUUUGAAGCAGUGCAGGAAUAUUGCGAGACAAUACUCAUACUUCAAUAGAUUUUUCCAAAGUAAUCAGAAUUCAGUGUCCGAAUUACUGAGGGAGGUCUUUACUUACGAGGAAUAUUGCUGGGCAGUUUCUACCGUUAUGACAAGACAAAAUCGAAUUCCCAACGAAGAUGGAUCAAAAAUGAUUUACGGACUGAUACCGAUGUGGGAUAUGUGCAAUCACGAGGAAGGAAAGAUAACAACUGACUUCAACAGGAUUUCGGAUAAAUGUGAAUGCUUCGCGAUGAGAAACUUCGAAGCUGGAGAACAAAUAUUCAUCGCAUACGGAGCGAGAACUAAUUCCGAUUUUUUCGUUCAUUCGGGAUUUGUCAGUGUCGACAACAAGCAGGAUGGAUUUAAGCUCCGUCUUGGCAUAAGUAAGGCUGACGCGUUGCAGAAGGAACGAGUCGAGCUUCUCGCGAAGUUGGCACUUCCGUCGAACGAUGAGUUUCUGUUAAAACCAGGCAUGGAACCGAUUUCCGACGACCUGUUGGCCUUUCUGAGAGUUUUCAGUAUGCGGAAACCGGAACUCGAACAUUGGCUACAGUCGGACAAGGUCCUCGACCUUAAGCAUGUCGAUUGUGCUCUUGAAACUGUCAUCGAAGAAAACGUCCGCAGGUUCAUGCUAACGAGAUUAAAAUUACUGAUCGCUAAUUAUCCGACGACUUUGAAGGAGGAUCUAGAAAUGUUGAACUCGUCGUUAUCACACCACAAAAAGUUAGCCUUGCAACUGAGAAUAACGGAGAAACAAAUUUUGCACGGUGCCCUGGAUUAUGUGGAGCAGUGGAUCAAAGCUUAGAUAUAUUUUUGCACUUAUGAUUACGCCGAUGAUACUUGUCUUUGAGAGCACUUGGUACCGUAAUCAAUACAUUUUGUCUGUUUUUUUUUUUCUUCUGAAAACUGCGAUUCGCGUUCAUCAACUUUUUUUUUUUUUCUUUUUCCUUAAUAUUUCACUUUUGUUUCAUCAAGUCAGAAAGAAAAAGACAAAAACGACAAAACAACAAAUAAAUAUACGGGUUUUAUAAGAGAGGACUAAUCUCGUUUGAACAGUUCAAUUUGUUAUUUAUUUUCGUAAUUACUGCUGAUUUGUUUAUUUAUUUUUUGCUAUUAUCGAAUCUGUUGUUAUAGUUUCCAAGAUCACUGAAAUAUUUGACAACAACAUCUGCCAUUGACAACUCUUGUAUAAUAAAUGAAUUAUAAGUAUAUAAUAUACAGUAAAUAUACACAAAAGUUUUAUUUGAUGAGACGGCUAUAGUAUGAAUAUAAAUACACCUCUAGUAUGAGAAUAAAAACAUAUUUACAUAUUUAUUGCAUGUAUGAAUACAAAUAUGCAGAUAUGUAUAGAUGUAUAUAAAUAUAUUGUAUACAUACGUUAUAUUGUCUAUAUAUUAUAUGUAACAAAUACUUGAAGAGCAAUAGCUAGCGCAUAAAUAAUAGCAGCUAUUGCUAACGGAUGUCUAUUUUCGAAAGAGGUGUACUUGAACAUAGAGAAUUUGAAUCUCUUAUUUAUUAACAAAACUGUCGCGCUGUUCACUAAUUAUUAUUAUUUAUUAUACAUAUAUACAUAUACAUAUGUACUCUGCUAUGUAAAAUACUAUGUUCGUUCAAAAGUAUAUUUUUUUUUGCUGUUCAUUCGAUUGAUACUUACACAAAAGUGCCGUAUUAUAUUAUAAAUAGUCUCAUUAAAAAU